CCAGAGCUUCCUCUCUUGGCUGGCUUCGGGAGGCUUGUGGUACUAUUCAACGCACCUAGUGAGAGGGGGACCUUAACCGACAGUCUGGCUCGGCCGCUAGUGCUCGAAGAGAACAAGGAAGCUUACACAGCAGCUCAGAAAUCUCGAUGGUGGCUCAGACAGUCGAUAACCGCCUGCGCAAGAUUCGUUCCAGCUUGUCUCUUUGGCACGCCGGUUCUUCCAAAACCACAUCGGGCUGGGACAAGUCAAAAGGGCCUUCCACCGGGAUAGGAAACCAGCGUUCCAGACGCUUGCUCAAUUAUCCGCCAGCCACUGCCCGAGCCCCUGUCGUUAGGGAGACACUGCGUACUCAAACUAGAGACAUCGUGCCAUUUUCAGCAAUCCGGCCAGAGUGGUCUGGGUUGCUCAUCCACCUUCUGUCAAUAGUCGGUGCCAUAGGGUUCUGCAGGCUGGUCGGGCCGCCGGGACGGAUUGGUUUCGUGGCUGUACUUUCGUUCGGCCCUCGUUCUAAAAUCCCACCUUGCGGCCGGACAACUUGUUGAAGCCAAGAUUCUUCCAGGACACUGCUCCUACCGGCCAAGCCCUAGCGGAACGUAUGCUGUUGGUUUCGCCCGCUUUCAGACAUCCCAGCAGUAUCAUGGCAAGGUUAAUUCGUUCGGGGGUUCAACACAACAUUGACGCUCAGACCCAGUUCUUCACACCUCUCAUCUAUCCUGCCGCUUUGCAGAUUGCGCACAUUUCUUCGAGGCUAAAAUGGGGUGAGCGCACGGCCGAGGGUGAGCCCUGAGCCGUUCCGCCCCGAUUUCCAACGAAAUCCACGAGAAUCGGGCGGUAGUGCCCAUGAAGGGUAGCUCUGUAUCCCUGUUUCCGAUUCACGCGAUAUGUUCGCCGAUCGGACGGCGGGCCCCGGAU